UUAGGGUUCGUGGUGAGCUCCCCAGCGUUUGUUCGGCGUUUGGUCGACAAGUGAGUCCUCUCAAUUUCCGUGUUGUCCCUGUUAGAAAUCUUUCGAGAGAUUUUCCGAUAACGGUCGCUGGAGUCGAUCCGAUUGGUUCGGCUUAGAAGACGAGACAAGCCACCAUGAAGGUUGUUGCUGCAUACAUGCUAUGCUUGUUGGGUGGCAAUUCCAACCCUUCCGCGAAAGAUUUGACGGCUGUCUUGAGCUCAGUUGGGGCCGAGGCCGACAAUGCAAAAAUUAGUUUUCUCUUGAAGGAACUGGAAGGCAAGGAUAUUCUCGAGGUCAUUGCUUCGGGUAGGGAAAAGUUUGCUUCCGUUCCAUCUGGAGGUGGUGGCGGUGUGGUUGUCAGUUCUGGUGGCGGUGGUGGAGCUGCCCCGGCAGCUGCUGAGGCACCCAAGGUCGAAGAGAAAGAGGAGGCAAAGGAGGAGUCUGAUGAUGACAUGGGAUUUGGCCUUUUCGAUUAGAGUAGUCCAGCUUUAGUACGACUGUAUUAUCCUUUGUUCUCAUCACGGCCGACCACGCCAACCUCUCCAAAUCACCUUCAAUUAUUAGGUUCCAGUGCACUAUUAGGCUUCAAAAUUCUUAGGAAGAGGAGGCUGUGAUAAUUAAGCGGAGUUUUACAGGUUGAAGUCAGUGCGAUUGAUUUCAUGAAGCAAUUUUGACAGCAGAGAUGAUUCUAAAGGAAAUUAUGGUGCGUUCUAACAGAAUUCUUGCGUGGAACGAUGGGUGGCUUCAUGUGUGUGGUGUGUGCCAAAUCUCUUUAUUUUAACUGCUGCUCUCUUGAUUCGUGAAUCCGUGGGUUUGUUUGAUAUUCUCACAUUUCAAACGCUUAUUAUCUACUACCUAUGGUUGAAGAUCAGUCUAGGCACCUCCUAUUGUGGAAACAGACGUAAAUUUGUACCUGCGUCGAUGAAUGCAGAAAACCAAAGUUUAUGGUGACCCACGAAGCUACAUUGUUCUUUUCCUGCAACUUGACUCUUCGGGGCAUAGCAUAUAUUCCUGCAUUCAUGUAGUCUUGAGUUGUUAAUAACUAGCACUCAUAGACGAGAUCAUGC